AUUCUUACCUUUAACGGUUUUAUUAAUUUUAAAACUCAAAUCAAACACCUGAUUGAGAAUUAAAGCGCCUAUUCUCUUCAAAAGUUUUUCUUCAAGAAAAUGUCGGACGCGAUAAUCACCGAUCAGAUCUCUCUCUUUCUCGCUCGGAUACGCGACAGGAGGUUCGAUGAAGAAUCUCUCCGUACUCUCAAAUUGUUUCUGGCGGAAAAGGACGUCAAAUCGUUGUGUCAGGCACAAUCUGGCUUGAGAGACAUCAUGAAAUCCGACUUGAUCCACAUUUUCGGUGAGAUCGGUGGGGCAUCAAUCAUUCGGAAGCUCUCCGUGCUCGAAUUCUUUGCUCGUGCUUUUGCUCUUAUCGGUGAUAUGGAGAGUUGUUUGGCUGUGAGAUAUGAAGCAUUAACAUUGCGAGAGCUCAGGUCCCCAACCCCAAGUUGCGCGUGGCUUAGUGUUUCACACUCAGAAUGGGUUGAAUUUGCAGAACAGUCAUUGGAAAACGGAUUUUCUUCUAUUGCUCGAAAGGCAUGUGAAAAUGCCGUACUGUGCCUUAAGAAAGAUAGAAUCUCAGAACCGAAAUCAGAAGAGCAUUCUGAAGUUUUGGUUGCUACAGAGAAAGCAAGCAGACUUGGGGAUUCAGCUGCCACAUGUGAAUCUUCACAUUCUGUUCAGGCACAGGCUGCAGAGUACUUGAGAGGCAAGGAACUCAGAAAACUGAACAGACAACCUCCAAUGAUCCAAAAGAUAGACUUCACGGGCAGCAGUUUAUUCAGAGACGGAAUUAAGAAGCGUAACGAACGAAUGUUGCAAGAUCUGCGUACCAUUCAGAUUGCCCCUGAACAAUAUCCACAUGUGUAAUAAUGCUCCGAUGAAGAAAGGGAGCAAAUAAGCUAUUUGAAUUGAAGUGACCAACUAUCAGAUAACACAAGAACCAUGUGGAGAACGAACGGUAAUAAUGUUACAUUCUCUCAACUCAUUUGCUGAUUGAUGUCGUUUCCUUUAUUCCCAUACAAAAUGAUGACAUUUUUAAGGCGCAUUUACGUUGCUUAAAAAUCUUAGGAUUUUUAAUUCUAAGCAGCAUCAGAGUUUGUCUCUGUCUGCGAAAUAUUCAUGUUAUAUUUUAGCCCAUAUAUUUACGUCCUGAGGCCCA